CUCUCUUCCCCUUCCCUCUCACCCAGGCUCCGUCCGGCGCUGUGUGUCCCGCCGCUUCCCCUCUCCCCGGGCUGGGAGACAUGCCCCGGAACCACGCGGAUAACGGUGGCAUGCCGGACGAGAAACGGGUGGAGUUCGUGGGACUGACAGCGGUGGAGAGCAGUCUCCCCCAGAGCCGGGAAGGGUCGCUGGGCAGCCCCGCCGAGCGCCUCCACGGUAGCCGGCUCCGGUUAGCGGGGACACCCGGGGACGGCGAGAGGCUGGGACUGGCAGCGGCGCCCGGGGAUGGGGCGCACAGUGCCCGCUUCGGGCUGCUCGGCAGACCACUGCCCCUCAAACACGGCACCAAGCGGAAUGCUCGCUACAGGAAGCUGCAGAAUUGUCUGUACAAUGUGUUGGAGAGACCCCGCGGAUGGGCGUUCAUUUAUCACGCCUUUAUAUUCCUCCUGGUCUUCAGCUGCCUUGUCCUCUCGGUGUUUUCUACCAUCCCCAUGCAUCAAGCCAUGGCCAAUGCCUGCCUCUUUAUUCUGGAGUUCGUCAUGAUCAUCGUGUUUGGGCUGGAGUACGUGGUGCGGAUCUGGGCGGCCGGUUGCUGCUGCCGCUACCGCGGGCUGCAGGGGAGGCUUCGGUUCGCCCGGAAACCCUUCUGUGUGAUCGACUUCAUCGUCUUCGUGGCCUCUGUCGCAGUGAUUGCUGCCGGCACCAAGGGCAACAUUUUUGCCACGUCGGCGCUGCGCAGCAUGCGUUUCCUGCAGAUCCUGCGGAUGGUGCGGAUGGACCGCAGGGGCGGCACCUGGAAGCUGCUGGGAUCCGUGGUGUACGCUCACAGUAAGGAGCUGAUCACAGCCUGGUACAUCGGUUUUUUGAUCCUCAUUUUCUCCUCGUUCCUCGUCUACCUGGCUGAGAAGGAGGAAAAUUCGGAAUUUUUAACAUACGCAGACUCCCUCUGGUGGGGUACAGUAACACUGACGACCAUCGGUUACGGUGACAAAACGCCGCAGACGUGGCUUGGCCGAAUGUUGGCGGCAGGAUUCGCGCUGUUAGGGGUCUCGUUCUUUGCUCUCCCAGCUGGAAUUCUGGGCUCAGGGUUUGCUCUGAAAGUUCAAGAACAACAUCGACAAAAGCACUUUGAGAAAAGGAGAACUCCGGCUGCCAACCUCAUUCAGGCUGCCUGGCGCCUCUACUCCACAGACGUGAGUCGGCCAUACCUGACCGCCACCUGGUAUUACUAUGACAGUAUUCUACCUUCGUUCAGGCAUAGGCUGGGCUUCAGAGACAGGAUGAAGAUGAACAGCCCGGCCCUUCAGAGUAUGCGGAACAAGCAGGCGUCGACACCAAGCAUCCAGCGCAGCCCCAGCGCGGAGAACGCGGCGCAGGCCAGUCCCACCAAGGUGCAGAAGAGCUGGAGCUUCAACGACAGGACACGCUUCCGGGCCUCGCUGCGCCUCAAGCCCAGAGCCACCGUGGAAACGGAGAACGUGGGAGAUGACAGCUACGACGAGAAGGCCUUUCACUGCGACAUCAGCAUGGAGGACGCCAAGCCCAUUGUGAAGACCCUUAUCCGGGCCAUCAGGAUUUUGAAAUUUCUCGUAGCGAAGAGGAAAUUUAAAGAAACCUUGCGGCCGUACGAUGUCAAAGACGUGAUUGAGCAAUACUCUGCGGGGCAUCUCGACAUGCUGGGCAGGAUCAAGAGCCUUCAGACCAGAGUUGACCAAAUCGUGGGGAAAGGUCAGAUGACGCAGGAUAAGAAGAUGCGUGAGAAAGGAGAGAAGGUGUCAAUGGAACUGGAGCCCUUCGAUGAGUUCAGCAUGAUGGGCCACGUGAUCAAGGUGGAGAAGCAAGUGCAGUCCAUAGAACAAAAGCUGGACAUGCUGUUGCUGAUCUACAGCCAAAGCUUAAGCAAGGGUUCAACCACAGCAUUGACUCUGGCUGCGAUGAACAUUCCUCUAAUUGACCAGGACCUGACCUCUGACUAUCAUAGCCCAGUGGACACGACAGAUAUCUCCAUGUCCACCCAGACAUUGAACAUAUCUACCAAUACAAAUACUGAGGAAAGUCAGUAGAAGGUCCAGGCGACCUACCUUCCUCUGUACUCUGCUGACAUUAAUUACAUGGACUCGCACUUAGGAAGACACUUCAAAUGAUUAUUAUUCAUUUUAAUUUAAUUAUUUUCUGUAUCAGUCAUCCACAAUUGAAGAGCAUCCCAGUACUUUCAAGAAUGCCCAACCUUCAAGGAAGAUGGGCAUUGCUGGAGUAA